UUGUGUGCAUCCCAAUGCAAUAUCCACUUCCAUCUCUAUAAAAAUCAAUUACAGGAUGGGAUAAAUGGGACUCUUGUAAAGUUCGCUAACCACUCCUGUUGUGUUUAUGACGAUCCUAGACGGCUCCUGAAAUAUACUGAUAAAUAUAUACUUCUGGACUUCUCCUUCGCACAAAACCCACGCUACUUCGAGGACAUUAUAGAGGAAGUUCGUGAGAUUCUCGAAUUUUCACCGGAAAUUGUCAGCGAAGGGAACUACUUGUUGGACAGUCUAAAAGUGUUAGUUUCCUGCGAACCCAUUACGGCUGGAAAUACGAGUAAUUCAAAUGGUUCCCGGUCUCCGCGCAAGUUCUCGUUUUGGGCUCGUCCCCAUCAAAGUGCUCUGUGCAUUCAUAUUCGGCGAACCGAUUUCUUAGAAAGGAAUAUUUCUACCGACAUGAUGGCUACGGUUAAGGCAGCGAAUGAUAUCGCCAGAGGGAAGGGUAUUGAUCGAUUUCUGGUAUUCGGUGACGAUGCGAAGUUUAUGUAUAAUCUGACCCGGACCAUCAUCAAGGAGGGGAAUUGGAACCCAAACGCCGCUUUCGUUUCCCAAUUCAGUGAGGCGAUCGAUUUCUACGUUGCAUCGCAAGUUUGUCAUUCAUUUCUGAUCACUGCCGUGACUUCAACGUUUGGUUGGUGGCUGGCUUUUUUCGUCGCCAAUCAGAACAACAUCUAUUACCUGCCAGAUGAACGAAUUCAUGGCGACAAAGUACCCAGCAAGGAGUUGUUUUUGUAG